GUCUUGUAGAUUCACCACCGUACAACCCUAUAGCCGGAGCGGGUCGGCCACCCUCCCUGCUACUAGUGGCGACAUUAAGAGUCAAAUCAUCUUAGUGCUGGUCAAUCCCACUUUUAAACGCGCUUACUUAGCCACCCUGCAGCCACUAUUCUCUUUAACUCGCUCCUCCUUUUAGGCGUCCUUUAUUACACCUGCCAGCUAAAUGCUACUUUGGCAAUGUCGCUGCUUGAUCUAGCGAACGAGUUGCUCCAAUGCAUAUCAGAAAACCUAGAAUUAGAGCGAGAGAUUAACGCCUUUGCGCAAGCCAACCGUCGCCUGUACAGUCUAUUAAACAGUUAUCUCUACCGCUACAACGUACAGUGCUCCGCAAGCUCAGCGUUGGUGUGGACUGCACAGUAUGGACAAGAGGCGACGGCUCGGAGGCUGCUAGCGGAGGGAGCCAAUAUUGAAGCCACAGGCAAAUACGAUCGGACACCACUGGUAUGGGCAGCAAAGGAAGGGCAUGAGGGUAUCGUAAAGCUGCUGCUCGACAAGGGCGCCGACGUUAACGCGCAGGGUGAACACUUCGGCAACGCACUCCAGGCGGCUUCAGAGGGAGGCCACGAGGCGAUUGUGAAGCUGCUAGUCGACAAGGGCGCCAACAUCAACGCGCAGGGUGGAGAGUACGCAACGCACUCCAGGCGGCUUCAAAGAGAGGCCACGAACAGGUGGUGAAGCUGCUGCUAGAGAAGGACGCCGACGUUAACGCGCAGGGUGGAGUCUACGGCAACGCACUCCAGGCGGCUUCAUUGGGAGGCCACGA